AUGGCUAAUGACGAACAUAAACCCAAAAGGCGCAAAACGAAGGCUACGGAUGAUGCGUCGGUUGUAAAAAUUGGGAACAAGACGAUAUCUCUAAGUGCAUAUCUUGCUCCCGAGAAGAAACCAUCAGAGAAGCCAGUAUCAAUUCAGGAGCCCGUUACAACUAAGGAGCCUCAUCAUGAUUCUGUUAAGGAAGCUGGUUCGCAGACUCAAAAAACACCGCUACAUAAGCGGUUCACCAACAGUGGAGAUCCGUUAUUAUUAAAAUCUCGCAAGGCCCUACCGAUAUGGACUCAUCAGAACGAGAUCAGGGCUUGCCUUCACGGUGAUAGCGAUGUGUUACUUAUUGUUGGCGAGACUGGUUCGGGCAAGAGUACUCAAGUUCCACAAUUCCUUUGUGAUGAAGCUUGGUGUCGAAAGAAGAAAGUUCGAAUCCAAUCUGAUACGGUUAAUGUGGGUGGAAUGAUUGCUAUCACCCAACCGCGACGAGUUGCAGCAACUACUCUAGCUAACAGGGUUUCCCGUGAGAUGGGAACACCUCUGGGAGCGUCGCGCGAGGGCUCCGUCGGAUAUUCUGUCCGGUUUGACCAUAAUAUUCCAAAAGGCACCAAAGUCAAAUUUCUCACGGAAGGCAUGCUUCUACAAGAGCUCUUGCGAGAUCCGAAUCUACGUCAAUAUAGCGCAGUUAUUGUUGAUGAAAUUCACGAGAGAAGCGUCGAUGUUGACCUGAUCGCUGGAUUUUUAAAGCAAAUCUUGUUGAGUGAUAAAGCUGGGCGAGGAGGUAUACCUCUCAAGGUUGUGAUCAUGAGCGCCACGGCAGAUGUGGAGAGAAUUCAAGCAUUUUUCAAACCUCAGAACCCAAACUCUGCCAUUAAACUACUUCAAAUUGAAGGAAGACAAUAUCCAGUAGAAAUAAAGCACACAAAGAAGCCUGUCACGGACAUUCAGGAGACCCUUCUAAAGCAGAUAUUCGAUAUCCAUUUGCAUGAGCCAUUACCCGGUGAUAUCUUAGCUUUUCUUACUGGCCAGGAAGAAAUCGAAUCCGCUCAACGGCUCAUCGAGGAGUACAAUGUGACAUUGGCUUCGGAUGUACCAAAGCUACUAGUCUGCCCUCUUUAUGGCCAGCUCUCGAUCCAAGCGCAGCAGGAUGCAUUUCUACCCGCUAAGAAGGGCUUUACGAGAAAAAUAGUCUUAGCAACCAAUAUUGCUGAGACGUCUGUUACCGUUCCGGGCGUCCGUUAUGUAAUCGAUUGCGGAAAAGCCAAAGUUAAACAAUUUCGUUCACAGUUGGGCAUGGAAUCGUUACUGGCGAAGGCAAUUUCAAAAUCAUCAGCGAUACAACGGACUGGCCGAGCUGGUCGUGAAGGACCUGGAAAAUGCUACAGGCUUUAUACAUCGACAACAUACGACUCACUCAAGGAAGCUGAUUUGCCAGAAAUACUCCGUAACGAUGUUCUAAGUGCCGUCUUAACGAUGAAAGCGCGGGGUAUCAAUGAUAUUUUUUCAUUUCCCUUGAUGGACUUUCCAGAUUUUGAGUCGGUAGAGAAAGCUCUGAUACAUCUUCAUUUCUUGGGCGCACUUGCAGAUGAUGGCACCAUCACGGAAAUUGGGAGGAAGUUAGCUCUUUUUCCGAUUUCUGCGCCAUACGGGAGAGUGCUUCUUGCGGCAAGCGAGCCUCAAUACGACUGUCUCCUCGAAGUUAUCGAUAUUAUUGCUUGCAUUACAUCAGGAGAGAAUAUUUUCCAUCAACUACAGUCGGAGGAAGUAAGGGAAGAAGUGGAAGAAUAUCGUAAAGAAUUGUACCGUCGGGAAGGUGAUAUUCUUACAUACUUAACUACCAUGCAGCGGUAUGCGGCGGAAAAUGCCAACCGAAUUGAAUGGUGCAAGAAACGGAAAGUCAAUAUCCGGAAUAUGAAACAAGCCCUCAACAUCCGAAAGCAACUUCGCGGUAUAUGCUUGAAGGAGAAAUUGCUUACAGAAACACCACCACCAGAUCCUCAGCCGUUUGUACCUAUGUCUCCCGAAAGAGCGACAUUGUUGCUGAAAUGUUUCAUGAAGGGCUUCGGUACGAAGUGUGCCUUACUAGCGCCAGACUCUAGCUACGUCACAAUACAAGGGAAACAUGUCGUAGCUAUACACCCAUCAAGCGUCUUACACGGACAGAAAAGAGAAGCCAUAAUGUUUCUAGAGCAUGUGUUCACACAGAGGAGUUAUGUGAAGAAAGUCAGCACUGUUCAGGCCGACUGGAUUGUCGAAGUUAUGGGUUAA